CUCAUCGAGCCUGCCCGCCCCUGAGUCUGGAGCAGCAGCAGCGGUGGAAGCCUCACUGCCUCUCCUCGCCUCACCAGUGCGGGAACCACAGCAGCAGGAGAGCAGAAUGGAUACGGAAGGGAGCCAGAGCAGCCUGUCCUCCGGCACGGACAACUCCCCCCACGACCCCUGCAAAAUGUUCAUCGGGGGUCUGAGUUGGCAGACAACACAAGAAGGCUUGAGAGAGUACUUCUGCAAAUUUGGCGAGGUGAAGGAGUGCAUGGUGAUGCGGGAUCCCGUUACCAAGCGGUCGAGGGGGUUCGGCUUCGUUACAUACGCAGAUCAGGCCGGUGUGGAAAAGGUUUUGGCACAAAACAGACAUGAAUUGGAUUCCAAAACGAUCGACCCAAAGGUGGCGUUUCCCCGCCGGGCUCAGCCUAAGCUUGUGACCAGGACAAAGAAGAUCUUUGUCGGAGGACUGUCAGUCAAUACGACCAUCGAAGAUGUGAAGCAAUACUUUGAUCAGUUUGGAAAGGUCGACGACGCUAUGCUCAUGUUCGACAAAACGACCAACAGACACAGAGGUUUCGGUUUUGUCACUUUUGAAAAUGAAGACGUGGUUGAGAAAGUUUGUGAGAUCCAUUUCCACGAGAUCAACAACAAAAUGGUGGAGUGUAAGAAAGCCCAGCCCAAAGAAGUAAUGACGCCGACAGGCUCCGCCAGGGGCCGCUCCAGAGUGAUGCCUUAUGGGAUGGACACCUUCAUGCUGGGCAUCGGCAUGUUAGGCUACCCAGGUUUUCAGACUACUACCUACACCAGCCGCAGCUAUUCUGGGAUAGCACCCGGAUACACUUACCAGUUCCCAGAGUUUCACUUAGAGCGGACCCCCCUUCUGACAUCAUCCCACCCCCCUGAGCUGGCAGCCAUUCCCCUCACUGCAUACGGACCAAUGGCAGCGGCGGCAGCAGUAGUCAGAGGCUCCACCCCUUCACGCACAGCUGGCUUUCUGGGCACCAGCAGCCCCGGACCAAUGGCCGACCUGUACGCUGCAGCCAACCAAGACUCAGGAGUCGGCAGCUACAUCAGUGCCGCUAGCCCCGCCCCCAGCACAGGGUUUGGCCAUGGUCUAGGGGGUCCUCUGAUCGCCACUGCGUUUACUAAUGGCUACCACUGAGGAGGCUCAGGUCACAGAGGAUCGGAGGGCUCCUCCUCUGUCUGCUGUUGUGCCAAUCAGAACGCUGGCUAUCCCUUGAUGGCACAAUCUGAUUGGCUGGCCACAGGUCUCCAGCGGGCUCUCCUGGCACCAUGUGGCUCCACCCACCGACUGAAGAUCUUUUUAAAAACCAGAACUCUCGUUUUGCUGUACUAAUCUCACUUCGACAUAACGUCCCCGGUUCUUUUUUUUUUUUUUCCCACCUCAUGUAGUGCAACACACUAGUUCCCGCACAUCCCACCGUCUUUCCUCGGUUACAAUUUCUUUCUUCUAUUGAAGCUGAGAGGAGGAACUUGCAAAAAGAAAAAAAAAAUUGUUUGAGAAGCUGUUGGAGUAGGACAAAGAGGAGCUGUUUUGAUUCAUUUUUUAAAUGAUUUUAUUAUAAUGUGAUGUGUUCUUUUAUCAUGAAAUCUUUCAGAAGCUGUUACUGAUGUGGUAAAAAAAAAAAAAGACCUGUGAGAUGGGGGGAUUUUUUAACAAAGGAAGAACAAACCUGACAAAAAGUCCUUUUUUUACGCUGCAACUGUCACUGAAAACACAGAUGAAAAAACAAAACAAAACAAAACAAAAAUGUAUAUUUUGGUAGUCUUUAAAAACAAAAACCUUUGUAAUAUUGUUAUUAAUAUUGACAUAAUAAUGAUAAUCUGUAAGGUAUUUUAUUCUGUAAUUGGUUUUAAAGCAAUGUUUUUAUGUCUUCCUGUAAGAUAUUGUACAUAGAGGCAGGGGGGCAUGGGGGGGGGGGGGGGUGGCGGGUUCUCAUUGGUUGGUUUUGACUGGAUGUCAUGUGCUACUGUCUGCCAGCAUCUCACUACUUUAACAGCAUGCAUAUGGUUAAAUGUGCGUACUGUGGGGCCAGUACGCUCUUGUGUCACUUCAGCUCAGUGCUAAAAUGCGCACGUUUGGGAGUUUAUCUGGUAUUUUCUCAGUUAAUUGACCAAAUCAUCCCUUUUUUUUUUUUUUUUUUUGCUUUACUUUACUAAGAGUCCAAAGUUUGACUCUCCCAUCUUCAUGCAACUUUAAGUUAAACACAAUGGACAUCAGGAAUAAAGGAAAAAUAUCACCUUAAAGCAAUAGAAGAAGCAGUGCAGGGCUAAAGUACAUUCAUUAGGAUCUAAUUUGGCCUAUUUUUGAUAUUAUUUUUUUUGGUUAAUAAACGUGUCACUUCUCUUGACUGCAAGAAUGACUUCUCGCACGACCUGUUUGAAAUAAAUACAAGGGUCGUAAGAAUGAAUCAUAACUUUACAGCAAGUUGCUAUUUUUUUAAGAUCAUAUUUACCCUUUUAACGAAGAAAGUCGUCCCUUUUUCUCGCUUCACUCCUUCAAAAAUGCAAGCUGGGCUUCUGUGACAAAUCACUAACAAUCCUAAAGGUGUAGGGAAUGCUUUGUGGCAGAUUGCUGUUCACAACAAUUCAAGGAGCUGACAUGUUUGCAAAGUCACCCCCUUUUUUCUGUACUUCCUUAAAAAAAAUGCAUGUUUGCAUUUUUCCAUAUUCACAACACAUGUUUUAGUUAAACACAACACACUUAUGGAAGAAUAACCUUAAAGCAGGAGGAAAAUGAAAGUGAAGUGCCCUCAAGCACAUGUUCAGGAUACAUUUUAGGCAUAUUUGCUCCAUUAAUCAAUAAAGUCGUCCGUUUUCCACUUUACUUCUUCAGACGUGCAAGUUUGACUCUUGCAUCUUCAUGCCACCUAUUUCAGCGAAGCAUAACAGACUUGUGGAAAGAAUAGCAACCGUAAAGCAGGAGAAACUUGGGAUUCAGGGGGAGAAACGGGGGUUCGGCUUGACUUCCUCUUUUUGAAAAUAUUAUAUAUAUAUUUUUUGAGCGGUUCUCUUAAUGUUUCUGUUUUUCUGCUCUCUUAUUGAAAUAAAUGUUUUUUGUUAUUUUUUAUGUGGUGUUUUCCACCGCGACGAUAAAUGAAGUACAUUCUCGGAGAACGCAGUUGUAAAAAAAAAAAAAGAAAGAAAAACAGAGAAAAAGCAAACUAACCACGAUCCUGUUUUGUCCUCUUAUCACUGUUUGAAGGUGCAUGUGGUUGCGUCUGAGCGUGUGUGAGCCCGUGUUUGUGCGCAUACAUCCAGAGUGUAAUAUGGAACUACUUCUGGCAGCGGAGGAGCAUUUUGAUUGCCUUUUUUUUUUUUUGUUUGGUACUGAGAAAAACAAAAAAAAAAAACAAAAAAAAAGAGAGAGUGAGAGAGAGAUCACCCUGUUCCGUUUUGACUCGCCUACAUUUCUCGCCUGACUUUCUCCUGAAUCCGUGCUUCUCUGGAACCAACAUAUUAUUGUUUUAGUGUGAUGCUGCUGCUCCUUGUGGUGGUGAGCAGGCAGAGCCCAGGGAGCCAGGAGCGGAACAGGGUGACGCUCCCAGCCGGUUCUGACACGGAGGCUACGAACAAGAAGACUCUGGCUGGCAGAAAAAGCAGGAAAGCUGGAGCAGAUUUGCAAAAAACAAGCCGCCUGCUUGUUCAGCCUCCACUUUUUUCUGGCACAGAAAACUUUCCUGAUGCAGCCAGUAGCUCCUCUGUCAGACAGGCUGGGGCAUGGUUUAAAAAAAAGAGAGAGAGAGAGAAAGAAAUAGAAACUACUGCUGGACACCAACACUGUAACUUUUUAAACGUACAAUAAAGCAAUAAGUUAUUUUUUACCUUACAAAUGAAAAUAGUACUAUUAUUGGUAAUAGCAGACAAGAAGUGGAAAAUUCUGCGGCAUU